UCGGCCAAGAACAAACGCACGCUUAAUCGCGCUUAAUCGCGCCUAAUCGCGCUUAAUCGCGCUUAAUCGCGCAUUCGCGUUCGCGUUUGUCAACGUAUUCGCUCGUGGAUGAUUGGCUUCGUCGCCAUCGACCACAUCGACGAUCGUGCAACGCGUAUAUUCUUUCUCUUUUUUCUGUCUCUCCCCCUAUCUCUCUCCCUUUCUUUCCUCCUCCCCUCCUCUCAUUCUUCAGCAAUGAGAUUUCGCGGGAUCUGGAGAUUUUGCCGCCUCGUGAAUACGGGUGUUCGACCUCGUGCAAAGGCCAAGCGGUAGCACGCCCGCGCGAGUGAUCCGCGCCAACUUCCAAUAUUAGUUCGAUAUUAAAGUGCAAACGUUUUUUACGCUUUUGGACUGAUCUCAGCGUACUGUCAAACUGUUACUUCGCAAUACGAAAAUUGAACAUUGAACAACUUGGAUAACGCAAUGAGUGUGCAGCGAUCGCACCACCCAUCAUGAAUACAACACUAGAACCGAAGCAGUACGUUUCGCCGCAUGGGUGCCUGGGUUGACGAACGUUUCGCGGAGGAGGAGGUGGUCCCAAGUAAUCAAAGUGCUACUUGGACUUGGAGAAUCCGGAGCCGCAAUUGCAAUGGUGGUGGACCAUUGCAUGGUCGACCGGGUGCCGACUAUCAAUCGCCAGACAACCUUACAUCGACCUGGUCGUCAGCAUCCCUAUUACCGUUGCGUCGUCAGUUCACCAGGCAGCUCUACGAGUGGCCUUGUUUACCGUUGUUUAAGUCAAGGACGAAAUUAGAUCUUUAUUAAAUCGAUCGUUUCGAUUUGAGGAGAAGGGGCCGCCCAAAUUUCCUUGCAAAUACAAUUGCUCGAGUUUUUGUUACCGCGUGUGAUUGCUUGUAUGUGUCUAUAUGUGCGUAUCGUAUACGGUAUCAGUUUCACGGAGAGGAAAAUUGGAUCGCAAAUAUUUUGAUAUCUCGAAAGAAAAGUGAAUAAAUAUUUCCUCACAUUCUUCGUUUCUUCAAUAUGGCCGAGUGGACCAAGUUUAAUGAUGGAGACAAGCAGAUUCGACUCGACGAACAAAGGACGAAUGAUACGACCGUGAGGCGAUCGUAUAUCGAAACGAGCGAUGAUGAAAUUAUCAACAAAGGUUUACGUAUGUCGAACCAUCGAAACAAUUGUAAUUGUGAUCACCAUCACGAGAAGACGAUUAUGGAUUCGAGUUCGGUUCGGGGAUUAGAAUACGUCAAUGACUUUCAAAACGACUCGGAGUCAUUGGCAAAUGCGCGAAAGAAAGAGGAAGAAAAAGAAGAGCAGGAGGAGAAGGAGGAGGAGGAGGAGGAGGAGGAGGAGGAGGAGGAGGAGGAGGAAGUAAGAUUCGUGGAGAACGACCCGGAACGAAUGGAUCAAUCGGGCUCAAGGAUACGUCGGGAAGUUCGUCAAGAGCUGAAAGAAGAUUCGCAAAAUAUUCAAAGUUCACCAAAGAGACCCAACAGCCUUUACAGAGAGGAUGCAUCUAGUCCGCAGAAACUGAAGAGCGUUUUCAAUGAAAGGGGUACCAUUUUCGGGUCCCCUACCAGAAUUCUGUCGUCCAAGAGCCAUUCGUUGACCGAGAAGAGCACUGAGAAACUCGUGAACGGCAAGUCUCCAAAGGAAGACAAGCAGCAGCAUCACGUGCAAUUUAACAAAGAGUCUCAAAAGCAGCAACUACGUCACACACCUGAAGAAAGACCGCAUCCAAGUCCGUCAAUCUCCACGUCUACCACAAGCAGUUCCGAGGACAAUUCCAGCUUGGGACAGUUUUGCGAAGCUAGGCCUCCCGACGGAGGUUGGGGCUGGGUCGUCGUAGCGGCCUCCUUUAUGGUAAACUUGAUCGCGGAUGGCAUUACCUUUUCCUUUGGCGUAAUAUAUGUCGAAUUCCUUAAUUAUUUCGGCGAGGGCAAGUCCAAGACAGCGUGGAUAGGUAGUCUCUUUAUGGCGAUGCCAUUGUUAUCGGGACCGGUGGCAAGUUUCUUAACCGAUCGGUAUGGAUGUAGAAAAGUAUCUGUAGCCGGUAGCAUCUUGGCAACAGCCGGUUUCGUUGUAAGUUCCUAUGCGAACUCUAUGGAAGUACUCAUCUUCACGUUUGGCAUUGUAGCAGGUUUUGGCUUGUCCUUGUGUUUCGUCGCAGCGGUGGUAAUCGUGGCGUACUACUUUGACAAAAAGAGAUCUUUUGCUACCGGCCUAUCAGUAUGCGGUAGCGGAAUCGGGACUUUUAUCUUUGCGCCUGUUACACAAAAUCUUUUAGCGGAGUACGGCUGGAGGGGAACCACGUUGAUUCUGGCAGGAUUGUUUUCGAAUCUCGCUGUAUGUGGAUGUCUGAUGCGGGACCUCGAAUGGACUACCACUAGAGCAAAAGCGAAAACGCAAGAGAGGAGAAAGAAUCGAGAAAAGAAGAGAUCUAAAAUACAGAGUUCCAGCGCAGAUUCCUUUUCCGCCACCAGCUCCGCAAACACGACUACGCAAACACCUCAUGGUGAUUCUAAACGAGGUUUUGCAUCAGCCAAUGCGAUGAUUAUUGAGAAUCUUCGGCCGCAGGAUGUAUGCAACGAGGAGAAUGGUGAGAAGUUAUUUUCUAGCUUAGUGAAUCUACCUACUUUCGUCAAGAACGGAGAAAGAGUACCUCUGGAGGUGCUAGAACUGCUCAGUACGAAUAAGACUGAGACCGUUUACAAUGUGCUCCUGCAAAACUAUCCGAGUCUUUUGAUAUCGUCGAGGAGUUUCAGCGAUUCUGGAGCGCUGCACGAUCAACUGAGUAUCCCCUCGGCUCGAUUUAUAACUACACCUAGUACAUUAACUGAAGGCAAGGACAAGGGCCAUGACUUGCGCGGCGAGCAGCAGCAGCAACAGCAGCAUCAGCAUCGUCAUCGUCAUCAUCGUCAUCAUCAUCAUCAUCAUCAUCAUCAUCAUCAUCAUCAAUCGGUAGAACCGGCAUAUUUAUGGUGGCUGAAAAAAAUCAAUUCCGACACUCCGUUAAGGCGAUCUAGCACGUUGGAACAACCGAGGAGGCUGCCCACUGCCUAUUUAAAGGAUAUCAGAAUGCAUAGGCACAGUCUGACUUACAGAGGUGCUAUGCUCAACAUCAAUCGAUAUCGUUUGAGAGCUUCAAGCUGCCCGGAUAUCUACAGAAAUUCAAUGACUACGAUCGCCAAGACGAAGCUCGUUUGGUACGCUGGACUCUGGGAAUUUUGGGACUUGAUCGUCGACAUGCUAGACUUUUCGUACUUUGCCGAUCCGAGGUUUCUACUGUUCGCCGUCAGCAACUUUCUCUUGCACACGUGGUACGAUGUGCCUUAUGUCUACCUGACGGACAAUGCGAUCGAAGUUGGAUUUAGCGAGACGGAUGCGUCUAUUCUGAUCUCGGUGAUUGGAAUCGCUAAUAUGGGCGGCGAGAUUCUUCUGGGUUGGGCUGGUGAUAGGGCGUGGGUAAACGCAUCUAUCGUGUAUGCAGUGUGCAUGGCGCUCUGCGGUACCGUUACCGCUCUGAUACCAAUAGUUGUCAACGACUAUUACACUUUAUGUGCAAUCUCUGGUGCCUUUGGAUUAUUCAUCGCAGCAAAUUACAGUCUUACCAGCAUCAUUCUUGUCGAGCUGAUCACCUUGGACAGAUUCACCAACGCUUAUGGUCUUCUGUUACUCGUUCAAGGAAUUGCCAAUCUCAUGGGCCCUCCGCUAGCUGGCUGGCUGUAUGAUAUCACAGGCACGUACGAUCUUUCCUUCUACUUGGCGGGACUGUUUAUUGCGUUAAGCGGCGCAUUGUUAUUAGUGAUGCCUUUGAUCAGUUUAUAUCGAAAGUGUCGAAACGAAUCUAGAGGGGUAACUACUGAUAAGGAUUUCAAUGCGAUAAACAGUGUGUAAAUAUGCCGGUAUUUAUUGAAGGAACCAGAAGGAAGGAACUAUACUAUAGUAUAUAGGAGAGACAAAUAAUGAUUGUCGAUUAGUUGUCGAUCGCAAUUGGAAUCGCGUGUUAAUAAGGAAUAUAAAAGGAAUUGCAAUACAGAUUGCCAAAAAUUGUCACGGGCACCCCCUUAAUUUCGUUAUAGUGUUAUUUCGCGAUAUGCUAUACACGAGUUGCUAGAGCCGGCUGUGGUGUAUUACAUAGUUAUAAUUAACCUAUAUAAUUUGUCGAAACACCCAACGGGUUUAUCGACUUUUCGUAACAACUAAUGUGAGCAACUCGAGGAAUGUUACGUAAAAGAAAAAAAAAUGGUAAAAAGCAUUGGUGGAGUGACUUUCCGAUUUUGCAUGAUUAUCUGUUAAUGCUUUAAUUACGAAACUUUUAUGAAAGUUAUCAGGUCAUUUCUAAUCUCUUGGACAUUGCGCGAAGAAAAUUAUUUCGGGGAUUAUACAGAUGUAGAUUUUUUGUAAUACUUUCAAUAGCGUAGAGCGAUGUAGUAAUAUCUAUAGUAAUAUCUACAAAUUAGAAACAUGCCGCUUGCAAUAUAUAAAGUCAAAAUAGAAAGAAAGCUUGCAGGAAGCUCGUUACGAGCUACGCGUUGCCGUCGAUGAUUGCAUGAAUCUUGCCCGAACGGAUAUACACGUAUGUAUAUUUUUUGCACGGCAACUGUUAAUUGUAAGUAUAAUAAUUUCGAAUCUCUCAGGAUACUAAUGGGCAAUCGAUGCAUAUAUAGCGGUUCGAAAUCAGUACAUGUCGUGUCCUGAUUUGUGUGUACAGAAAAAACGUAUGAGCUCUAUGCAUGCUUGUAGUUUCUACUAUUUCUUCGUCGAGCGAAUUGUAUUCUCGAGUUAGACUGUACUGUAAAGUUGACAAUUGACAAGUUAUCCCCUCUCCUCUGGAUAACGCGAAAAAUAUAUAUAUUGUAAAUCGAUCAUUGCGCCACAUACCCCAAACUUUUAUAAUUGUCCAUAAUUGUUUUAUAA